UCACUCCUUUGUAUACAACUGUGCCUGCGAUCAUAGUUUAAAAGCAUAUCCACUAUAAUGCUUCCGGCUACACCGCAGUAACGGGUUGCGUAAAUUUACAGUUCUCAAGCGAAGAAAAAAUGCUGUCUCGGCCUGCUUAAGCCGGUUGGAAAAAUGGGACUGGGACAUUUCCUUUUAGGUUUCCGGGAUCCUCACCAUAAAAACUCAUGCUUUGGGCAGUGGUUUCGCCUGCUAAUUUCCUUCGCUCUUUUUACCGUGUUGCUGGCGUUGUGGGAUGUAAGCAGUGAUGUUAUUUUCAUUGUCGGUUUGUGGUGGCACAACGGGUGCGCCAUCGCCAUUCCAUGGUUGAUAUUCAUUACCGCGGUGCCGGUUUUCCCGGUGGUGUCUUCGCUGGUGAAGGGUGGUUUCGCUCAGCAUGAGAACGGUGCCAAAGCGGCAUUUUGGAACUGGCGGUUGGCGCGACAGAAACUCAUCCAGUCGGAAGAACGCCUAUUGUCGACACGAGCCGGAGAAAAAGUAGAAGUCCAAGAACCACCGUUUUUGAAGAACUGCUGUCGGGAGGCGGUGUGCAAUAUCGUGGAUAUUUUUCCCAUCUCCUUUUUUCGUCGGUGCGUCAAAUUUGUGCAAGCUUGGAAAAACGCUCCGCAGUCCGUCAAACACUAUUCCUACAAUAAAGACAUCGAAUUCCAGGAUAUGCAGCUGCAAAAAGCGCAGCUAACCGAAAUCAAAUACGAAUCUAGCCCGCAGCUGAUAAUUUUAUUGCUUUUAAUUGGCACCGGACUAUUUCCGCUCCGCAGCGUCUGGUACGCCGCUCUGGCGUCGUUUUUCUCCAUCGCCAAAUAUUUCCCAUCCUCCGCUAAAUUGCCCGGCAAAUGCGCGUUCAAUAACCGAAUUUAUCUGGAAAAAGACAGUAUUAGUUUGAGCGAAGCUAAUAAAUUGUUAAAACCAAGGCUUUUUAGUAUUUGCGGAACUUUUAUGAAUUUCUUCUACAUUAUUUGCCGAUAUCAUUUGAUUAUUUCCCUGACGGUGUACAACUGGGUGGCCUCGCUGAUGGUUACGGGAAUUCACUGCGCCAUUGUAACCGUGUUUCUGAUUGGAUCCUACCGGCAAUCGUAUCGGCAAGAAUCGCACACUGGCAAGCAAAAGCUUACCGGACGAAUUUGCGCGUUUAUCACUCAGCUUCUGACAACUCUGGGAUACUUUCUCUUAGUACCGGUGACCACAACGAUGACUACGAUGGGGUGUCUCUUGGCGACCAUUCUUCAAUUGGUGGCGGCCGGUGUCUACGCUUUGCUGGUUCAUGUUGAAUGGCGGAAAGAGAUACACUGCCGGGACAGUGACAUCUUCCACGCGGUGGUGCCGCGAUCAGUUUGGUUCUACGGACUAUUGGCCGGCAAUGUUGUGCUAUCGCUCUUAUUGCCGGUUAUUCAUUAUGUGGUCAACUUGUGCACCGAUUCCACGCUCUGGCUACGUCACAGAAAAGACUGCUUUGAAUGUGCAGAGUUCGCAUUCCGCUAUUGUUAUCAUCGGCCGUGUUGGCUGUGCGAAUGGGUGCGGUGUCAUGAAGAAAUCACUCAAGAGGAGGAAUUAAUAGCACAGAAUGCUCAGCAGAUGCUGCCCCUAGUGGAAUCCAUCCACAGUCGAGUGCCAGUAGAAUUUCUAGAGAAGUCUCUGGUUAAUGAACAGUCCCGACAGAUUGCCGCUUUAAUCGCGUCAGUAUACAAAGGCGCCAAGGGAGAUUUCCUGUUGUGCACAGAGCACACAAACCAACUGAGCGAUGAUCAUAACCAAGCAGUGGACAGCGUUACUAUGGCACAUAUUGAAUUACGUAUCGCCAACCAUGACAGCCCCGUUGUUGAGCUGUCCGAUAGUAUGGAGCCGGAAUCGGUGGCAUUUAGCGGGGAUCUCCGCACGUCGAUGCAUACGUUCCUGCGCGCGCUGUACUCGGAGAAAUUUUUGUAUAAGAAACUCGCGUAUCAGUUGUUUUUUAAGUCAAAGUUUUACGAUAAAGGAAUUGUGUCACGUGAUGAGCAGGAUGCGUACUGGGCAGAAGUGAAGCAAUUACGAAAUGCGCAUGUUUCCUGUGGAAAGCACUGCCGGUUGAAGGUGAACCGCUCUGAAGGCUCCAAAAAGCUGAAACUUGAGAUUAAGCCGGAUGGUUUGCCGGGGUUCGAUUGGCGGCUCGAUCGGAUUGAUAGCAACGGGAGCGUCGUUCCGGAUGAUAUGGAGUACGAGUACUUCAACGAUGAAAACGUUUUAUCUAUCGAUGAUGCCAAGGCCAAAGAUCAGCCGGUGCAGGAAUGCCCGCUGAAGGAGUAUCAAGGGCGAAUAUGACUGUUUGGCCGGAUCGGCGAGCUGGUGUGCUAGUCGAUUCUGUUACGAUGCCAGCAUCCUGGACUGUACAGAGGUCUUUUGGACAGCGUGUUGAUCGGACAUGUGCGGUGCCUGUGUGAAUGAACCAUUUACAACUUGUGAUUUAGUGGAGGAUUGUCUGUGUGUGGUGGCUUGUAUAUAUUAUGUUAAAGGCGUUCAUCUGUGCUGUGCAUGCUAGAUAGUGUCACUGAGGAAUGAUUGAUUACUCUAUUUUGUAGCACUUAGGCUUUCUUGGCCGAUCGCAUCUUGUUAUUGUAGCCAAGGGUCAAACUGUUGUUCUCAUGUUCUAUGUAGACCAUGCUGCGGUUUAGUACAUAUAGACUUAUUGAGUCGCAGAGCUGUAAGAAAGUUAC